CGUCUCACACAAGGUUCUAACAGCCCAUUUUGCAAUGUGACAAUAUGACCUCCCCACAACCGUCGAAACGCAAGGAUAGACCGUGUGAUGCAUGUAGGAAGCGAAAGAGUCGAUGCGUCCUCGAAGACGACUCCCCUAUCUGCGUGCUCUGCAAGUUCCACAAUCAGGAAUGUACAUUCGUCCAGAACCCACAGUCUCGGAAACGGAAAGCUCCUCAAGAUGGAGACGAUCCCGAAGUUUCAAAGCGCAGGCAGUCCAAUUCGUCUUCUGUGACGAAGAAAUCCCCAAGGACUCAAAUACGUGUUAUUCGUACCACGAAUGGAACAGGUGUUGAAGAGUAUGAUGAUUUGGAGGGUCCGAGUCUGUUGAAAAAGACUCUUGGGCUGCAGAACAAGCACCACAGCCAAUUCGUCGGAGCUACGCGGGGGUUGGAGCCUUCUCUCUUGGGCAAAAAUUCACACUCGGGAAAGUCCGAAGUUCAGCUCAUGGGAGGUUCAUUGAGGAGGGUGAGUUCUAGUGAGGCAUUUCUAUUGCUUCCGGAUCCGGGAACUCAGGGUUAUGAGGACGAGCUUGACGAUUUGGAUAAAAUUGAAGCCAUUGUGAGACCACAUGGCAAGGCACUUGUGGCGAUGUACUUCAGAAUUGUGUUUCCAAGCUUCCCAAUUGUUCACAAGGAAGUGUACUUGGAAAAGUACAAUAGAUCAUACAGAGAGUUCUCCCCGCCACUUCUGGCUGCUGUUUACCUUCUAGCGCUUCAGUAUUGGUCAUAUAACGACCAACUCAAUAGCUUCAAAAAACCAGAUGUACAAGAAUUGGAGAAGCUGGCUAGGAAAGCUUUCGGUGACACAAUCCAUCGCCCAAAACUAUCGACUGUCCAAGCUGGACUCCUACUUCUGCAACAUACCGACGCAGACUCAGCUGAGUUGACAGCACAGCUCAUCAGUGUUGCUUACGGACUAGGUCUUCACCUAGAUGCUUCAAACUGGAAUAUCCCCGAUUGGGAAAAGGGCCUUCGCAAACGUCUCGGCUGGGGUCUUUACAUGCAGGACAAGUGGAAUAGUCUCGGCAGCGGACGGCCGGCAUUGAUAAAUUCUUCGAACUGGGCCCUGAAUGCUGUUACUGAUGCCGACUUUCCGGAGAGAGUUGAGGAUGAGCAAGAAGGAAGUUCUGAGGUGCAAAAAGGCAGGAUUCUUUUCAGUCACAUGAUAUCGCUGUCUGAAAUAUUGGCGGAUCUCCUUGAGACGGUGUUCACAGUCAAGACGACGAGAGAUAUCGCAAAUGCAGGCCCAAAUGGCCUGACUAUCGUCCUGGAAAAAGUCAAACCUGUCCAACUUCGCCUUAAAGAGUGGUUCACCAACCUCCCAGACUGCCUUUCCAUGGAAAACACCCACGUAAUGAAACUCAACUCAGUAGGCUAUCUCCGCCUCGCAUAUAUCGCCACCGAAAUAUCUCUCCAUAGGCGCAUCCUCCUUGCUCUCUCCCCAUCCACCGAUCCACAGCUCUACAGAAUCUGUCGAUCAGUAGCCCACGAACGAUUCAUGUUCGCUAUCGACUUUGUCCAAUCUCUCAAACCUCAACAUCUCUCUAGUUUCUGGUAUUUCGCAUCACCACAGAACUUCGCUUUGAUAAGCGUGUUCGGCACCUUACUUUUAUCCACGGUCUCAACCCAAGAAGAAGGCGAGUUCUACCGUAUGAAACUCAAAGAAUACCGCUGGACCUUGAAAAUCAACAGCGAAAACGGUGCGCGGUACAUGAAGCCCGCUAUGGUCCUCCUAGAUGCCAAUCUCGGCCUGCUAGAAGAAGCCAGCACUCACACUGUCCUUACUCGACCACCGGCCACGCCUUCUACAACUCUCGAGCAUCACAGUAUUGAGAGUGGUAGCAUUGCAUCUGAGAGCACGGAUCAAUUCUCUUUCACGAAUGCACAUAUACCUGUGACUGGAGACUUUCAUUCGCCAAGUCAGUUCUCGUUUGACACGCCGUACUUUUCAAGACAGUAUCAUGAUGAUGCUGAGCCAGUGGGGGCCUAUGAUAAUGCAACGGGAAAUGUGGAGGCUCAGACGCAAGACUUCGGCUUUGGUGGGGGUGCGAAUGCCGGGCUUUGGUCGUAUUGAUUUGAAAGAUGUGGAAGACAUCUUGCCUCAGUUUGAGAGGUUGUUGAAGACGAUCCAUCCGAAGGAAACGUCGCCAUAGUCAUGACGGGGACCAUGUUUGGGAUCCGGAUGCUCAAAACCCGAGCUGGGCGAUUUGUAUCACAAGUCACACAUCGAGGUUGGCUAUGAGGGUGUCGAAGCAAUGCCCUGUGGUACAGUACUCAAGGACUCGGUGCCAUUGGGCUUCGGCUUAGUCCGAAGAAGACCUUCCGGCUUUCCAGAAAUAAAGACUUAGCCAUAGUUGAGUGCAACGGCAAGACGAUAUAUUAACACCUUUUGAGGAGAGUGGGCCAUACGAGGCUCCAUCAUACGAAUUGGACGUGAAGUUCAAGACGCCAAUGCUGCGACCGACAGAGAUUGCGCUCACGUAAUUCAGG